GAAGGAUUGCAGCGGCUACGACUACGGGCCGGCCAGCUUCAGGCUCGUCCUGAUGCUGCUGCUAUUGAGCCGGCCAGGCAGGAGCCAGCAGACGUCUCUCCACAACGACACAGCCAUACAGUGUCCCAGUUUCGCGGAGAACUCCGCCUGUCCCUGCUACAAGUUCGACGACGGACUCUUCCUGGAGUGUCCGGGGACAACGGCACACUCACUGCGAAGCACUCUGCAACUCAUUAGAGCGCCCAUUCAGUCGCUCUCCGUGUAUGAUUUCGACAGAUCAGUGACUUCAUUAUCAUCCGAGCUGUUCGCCGGGGAAAUUCAUAUCCGUCACCUGCAGUUCUCGCACUCUCACCUGCAAUUUCUAGCGGACAAUAGUCUCCGUAAUCUGCACUCAUCGCUCGAAUCUCUCAGCAUUGUCAAUGGGAAAUUGAGUCAGGUUCCGCACAAGGCUCUGUCUGGCCUGGAGCGUCUUAUGGUGCUGGAUUUGGAGUCCAAUGAGAUCAGUGAGACGCUUAACGGGGGCUUCGAUGGCCUCCACUUGGUGAAGCUCAACUUGAAGAGCAACGCCCUGGAGACAAUCCCCGUGGACGCAUUCAAGGGGCUGGAGAUGUCUCUGGCCGAGGUGGAUUUGUCCGAUAAUAAGCUUAAAUUGUUCCCCAUGAAUGCACUCACCCACUUGGAUAAUCUCCGUUCGCUGCGUGUGGCACUGAAUGGGAUUAGCGCAUUCCGAUGGGACGGCAUAUCUCGGCUCGUGUCACUUCAAUUUCUCGACAUCAGCUCAAAUAGCUUGGAACAGAUUGACGAGGACUUCUGUGUGCCAUUCGGCAGACUGAAGACCCUCUCGCUCUACUCCAAUAUCAUAGACACCGUGCACAGGAACGCCUUCAGGAGUCUGCAUGAGCUCACGAGUCUCGACAUGAGUCACAACAACAUCAUUUACUUGGACGGGGGCAUCUUUAUGUGGAACAAGAAGCUGCAGACUGUGGACUUGAGUCACAAUCACAUCCACUACAUCAAUGGUGUGUUUUGCAAUUUGCCACUGCUGCGGGAGGUUUUCCUCUCUGGCAACAACAUCCUCGAACUGCCCGCUGAUGCCUUCACCAACUCCACCCAGAUCAGCGUGAUUUACCUGGAGGCGAAUGCAAUUAGGCGGCUUGACGGCUCAGCCCUCAGGACGCUGUCGAAUCUCGAGCAGUUGUAUUUGAACUCCAAUUUUAUACCCCACUUGCCGCACAACUUCCUGGAGAGCACAGGCAAACUCACAUCCCUGAGUCUGGAUGCGAAUGAGAUUAGCGAAUUGGAGCGCGGCACUUUUUCCCGUCUAAACAAUCUCAGAGAGUUGAGAUUGCAGAACAAUCGCAUUCGCUUGAUCAGACGAAGUGUUUUCUACCCUCUUCCCAGUCUUUUGGAGUUGCAUUUGCACAACAAUCAGAUCGGAGCCAUUGAAUCUGCCGCCCUGGCCAGUCUCAUGAGUCUGCAGUUCAUCACGCUGCAGAACAACCAUCAACUGAAUCAGCUGGAGUCCAUCUUCCCCGCUGAUCAGUCUGCGAUUGUCUCCAUUCAGUUGGAGUCAAAUGAGAUUGCUAAUAUCGCUGAAGGUGCUUUAACUGGUCAGUCUAGCGUCCAGGUUCUCUGGCUCAGCAACAACAACAUUAAAACCUUAAAUCGGACCCUGCUUAAAGAUCUGCACCACGUUGAGAGACUCUAUCUGAGCAACAAUUCCAUUUCUCUGAUCUCACCCGACGCUUUCCAGCCAAUGGCAGUUCUGCGACUUCUAGACUUGAGUUACAAUCGCUUGGAGCACGUCACGAGGGAUAUGUUUUCUGAGCAUCUGGUGGAGCUAGAGGAACUCAUCCUGGCCAAUAACAACAUCCAAGCCAUUGAAGGAAGAGCUUUCGGAAAGAUGAGAAAACUCAAGUCGCUGGAUUUGUCUAACAACUUUAUCAUGAUGCUGAAUAGAGAUAUUUUCGAUGGUGUGCCAGUGGCGGUCCUCAACAUUAGGAACUCGUCACUGUCUCGAAUAGACGUAGGCACAUUCCGAGGAAUGGUCAAUUUGAAUGAACUCAAUCUUGAGGAUAAUACUCUGAUCCCGGCUGAUAUUAAGCAACUAGACAUCCCUAGCCUGCGAACCCUUAGAGUUGGUAGCAACAACUUCUCGGACAUCGUGACCGGUAUCUUCGAUAAGCUCCCAUCGCUGCAGAGUCUCGUCAUGACCAACUGUAGCAUCCAAGUGUUGCCGGAAGCCAUCUUCUCGAAGAACACCAAUCUAGUCCGAAUAGACCUGAGUAGGAAUCGAAUGAAGAUCAUCCGACGAAACGUCUUCAGUGGUCUGAACGUGUUCAAGGAGUUGAAACUCGAUGGCAACCUAAUCAGUGACUUUCCGCACAUCGCCUUGCACAACAUCUCAACUCUGGAAAUGCUAUCAAUGGCUGAGAAUGCUUUGACGAGUGUAGACUUCUUCAAACUUAACGGCCUACCAAGUCUGCGACAUCUAGACUUGAGCGACAACUCCAUUUCCCUCGUGAGUGGGUUCAACACCUUCAAUUUAACGCAGCUAGACUUUGUAGACCUUAGCGGGAACAUUUUGCUUUCACUGCCAGCGAAUUUCUUCCAGAAUUCUUACAGUUUGCAUAGAGUAGAUCUAGCGAGGAAUAGAUUCCGCCAAAUACCGAGUUCUGCACUGUCUGAGAAUUCCCUGCCACGACUGAGUUGGCUGAAUUUGACUGGGAAUCCCCUGACUGAAUUCUACUACGGGAAUGAUGGGCAGAGAUUUCCCCAUCUCAAGGAGAUUCACAUCACCCGCACGAAUAUCUCCAUCCUGACCAGUAGAGACUUUGUGGUCUUCCCAGCACUGCAGCACUGCUAUCUUGUCCAGAACCGCAUAGGACGUAUUUCACCGGGCGCCUUCUCCACACUGUCGCAACUGCUGACGCUGGACCUCAGCCUGAAUGAACUGACUCAGCUGCCGCGCGAGCGUCUGCAGGGUCUCAAGCACUUGCGGAUGCUGAAUCUCUCGCACAACAGCCUGAAGGAUUUGGAGGAGUUCUCAGAAGAUCUCGCCCAUCUGCAGACCCUUGAUCUCUCCUUCAAUCAACUGAGUCGCAUCGGGAAGAUCACAUUUCGGCACUUGAUUCGGCUGACGGACCUUUAUCUGCGUGGAAAUCGAUUGACUACGAUAUCAGCGGAAGCAUUCAGGAAUCUGAGGAAGCUUACUGGUCUGGAUUUGAGAAUGAACUACUUCGAAAACCUGCCCUUGAGAGCUCUCAGAGCGGUUGAGACACAUCUCAAAACUCUCAGAGCUGAAGAUAAUCCCAUCUCGUGCUCUUGCGACACUCAAGAGUUAUGGGAGUGGCUACGUGACCAUCAGAAGUGGACUGUGAGCCACCAUCACGUGCGCUGUGACCAGCCAGCGGAGCUGCGAGGAAGGGUGCUCUUCGAGAUGCAGCCGCAGGAGUUCUGCGACGCUCCACUCAUCCUCAAAGUGGCCAUUCAGGACAUCCAGCCGUACUCUGUGAUUGUCUCCUGGCAGAGCCGAGAGUACACCGGACUCACGGGCUAUCACGUCGUCUUUCAUCCUCUCGACAUACUCGCUAACGAGAUUUUCACGAAGACCCUCAAUCGCUCCGCGAGCUCGACAAAGUUGGUGAAGCUCGCGUCCGGUACUCGGUAUCGGAUCUGCGUGCUGGGUAUCGGCAACUGGGUGGCAUUCCAGCAGCCUCCCGCCCUGGAUCCGGACUCCAGCGAGUGGUCGUCGCCCAAUCAGAUCAGUGCCGGUCCGGGUGGUGACUUCUUUCCCGGCGAACUCGAGCGACUGCUGAGCGACAAUGCGACGACGAAGUGCCAGGAAGUGACCACGCUCGAGGCCUCGCCGAGUCUCAUGAUGGACGACAACGGCGUGGCUGGGCAGAGCUUCAUCCACUCGAUCCUCACGCGGCGUUUGGGGCUGAUUGUGGGUUGUGUGCUGGGCAUCAUCGUGUUCAUUGUCCUCAUCUCGGUGCUGGGGUGGCUGAAGCUGAAGAAGCAGCGCAUCAUCGAGGCCAACAAGCGAUUGCAGCCGAUGCAGCCUGAGUUCAUCACCUAUCGCCACUUCUCCAUCCCCAACGAGGAGGCCAACAGGGUGGAUAAUUGCCACCCCAAUUUCAUCGCCACCAACACCAACUUGCUCGGCAUGACGAGCCUCAACGCGUAACAGCGGAUCCAGUGCAAGGCGUGCUCCGAGAGAUACCGGGCCAUCAUGUAUGACCUCUUCCUCUUCAAGCAGUUGAACUGAAGUUCCAACUGAGCCUCUGUGCGGAGAAUACGACACUCUUCCCAUCCAAUGCUUCCCAUCUUUCCCAUUCAUCCAAUCGCAUUUCACACUUCGCCUUUCCCGGCGACAAAGCGGGUGUUAAGUGAAUCUGUUGAGAAAAAAGUGUAGGGAAACCCAGGAAUUCCCAUGCAUUUGCACACGAUGAGAGAAAGUGAGGAGAGUGGAGAAGAAGUGGAGCUUGUCCGGUUGACAUCGAAGUGUCUUCAACAGAGGCAAUUUUAUGCCUACUCGUCAGCGCUUCGUAGACCAAUUUUUCAAACUACCUCCUUUGACAAUUGCCAACUAGAAAGGUAGUUAAAUCCAGAUCGGAUACUGAAAGAGUUCGACGCAAGUGAAAUACGUAAAUAAAAAUCAAACAAGACAAUUUUUGAAACCAUCCCAGGACAUUAAAAAAACAAGUCGAUUAAUUAGAGAUCUUGUCGUCCUGAUGGUUUUAUAUUUCAAAGAAUUUGAAGAAAACAUUUUGAAAUCCUUUUUUCUCGAUAAAUAAAAUUGAAUUUCAAUCAAAUAAUAAGAUUUGAAAAGAUUAAAUUAGAAUUACACAUAGAUGAGAUACUAGAAGACCAAAGAGUAGUCCUACAUUUUAUGCUAUCUUUUUAGCAUCAAAUACGAUUUUAGAUAAAUUUUUGAUCAGCAUCUACAAUCUCUUGUAGGAAAUUUAAUCGUCGUGACUAAUGCGCAUAGAGUAGAGCGUAGGAAUUCGGUGUGACAAGUCAACCCGGUUUUGAGAGUGAAUGAAAGCCAGACUCGUGAAAAAGUGAAUCGUUUCGGUGCGAAGAUACCGAAUAAGAUGCUGAAUAAUGGGGCACCAUAAAAGAAGGGCAAAUUAAGACUUACGAUCUGGAAGUUGAGGAAAAAAUCACCAACCUCAUUAGGAUGUCUCUUUCACACUUUCGUCCAAAGCGGAAUCGGGGUGGCAUUCCUGAUGAGAAUCUUUCCCACUCAUUAACUACCAUCUUCCGGAGAGCGCGGUUGGGUUGCAGACAUUCUGGCCUCAGGGGCACUUGUGCCAACUCCUUGGCCCACAAAUGCCACGAAUUCCUGCACUACUGAAGUCGGUAUUUGUAUAAUUUCGAUCGACACCCGGCAAUUCCUUGCCCCAAGACACAGCGGGCGGUGGCAAGCAGGGCGGGCAUCAUCCUGAUGGGGAACCGAUGGCAACUUUAUGACAAAUUGCCCUUCUUCCUGCCUUCACCGUUGCAAAAGUUUCAGCCAGGCUCGUUUCGGUGUAAUUGCGGGUGGGAAUCACGAGAAAAACUCAUUCAUUCGAAGCUUCUUGUGAAUUUUAUGCUCCACUUCUUGUUCUUCUCGGGCUCACUUUGGCUCAUCCCAGAGACAUUCAAUAAAACGGAGAGAAAGAAAAACCACACAGAUUUUUCCUCACCACACACACACACACAUAGACACACAAUUUCCUCGUCCUCAACAUCUUUUCCCAUUCCGUGGAAGAACAAAUAAAAUUAUUCGUCGAUUUUCCACACUCCACAUACCAUCGCGCCAACAUCAAACAGGCAUCUGAGGAAAGUUUUCCCGGAGAAAAUUAAGCAUGUAUUAUUCAGAGGUAAAACCAGCGUUUAAGUAUAAAAUCGAUGUGUUUUUGUGUAAUGUAAAUUUAAUGAGGCGAUUCUCAUCACUGAGAUUAUCGUCGCAAUGCAUUUUUUAUAAUAUUCAAGUAUAAUUUAAUAUUUAUACAUACACACAUACAUUACAAUGAUGGAGAAACAAUAUAUACAUGACCUAAGAUGAUAUAGUGUUUAAGUUAUGUCAUUGUUACAAGUAACAAUAAAGAGUAUUAAAG